CAAACGAGCGCUCUACAUCCCAAUCCCAACAGCUAAUCUUAAGAGGAUGAUACCAUUUACCGCAAUCCCCCGCCCAUCUUCUUCUUUACACAAAUCUCAUUCUCUCUCUUCUUUAUAUACCGAUUUGCGGUUCUUCUGCUAGAAAUCGAGAGGAGGAAACAAAACGACGGAAAGAAAAACAAAUAUUAAAAUUUGCUGAAAAAUUCGAAGAGAGAGGGAGGUGAAGAAGUUGAUGAAAAGCUCCUCUGAUCAGCGGAUGCCGAUUCCCAGAUCUUAGCGAGAAAGGAGAGAGAGGGGAUUCCCUCUCCCACAUCCGAAGGCGGAACUGUGAUCGAACGGUAGGAGAAUGGAGUCGGAUAUGGGGAAGCUUUUCAUCGGCGGCAUUUCGUGGGAUACCAAUGAGGCCCGCCUACGGGAGUACUUCGAGAACUUCGGCGAAGUUUUGGAUGCAGUAAUCAUGAAGGAUAGGACAACUGGCCGUGCCCGGGGCUUUGGAUUCGUGGUCUUCUCAGACCCCGGUAUCGCGGAGAAAGUUGUCAUGGAGAAACACCUAAUCGAUGGCAGGAUGGUGGAAGCGAAAAAAGCUGUUCCCAGGGAUGAUCAAUGUUUACUUAAUAGAAACAGCGGCUGCGGCAGUAUCCAAGGUUCCCCUGUUCCUGGUCGAAUCAAAAAGAUAUUUGUGGGAGGUCUUGCUUCAACAGUAACAGAUUCAGACUUCAGAAAAUAUUUUGAGCAGUUUGGAACAAUCAAUGAUGUUGUUGUCAUGUAUGAUCACAAUACUCAGAGGCCAAGAGGGUUUGGUUUCAUAACUUUUGACUCAGAAGAUGCUGUAGAUAAGGUACUGCGUAAAACCUUCCAUGAACUUAAUGGAAAGAUGGCGGAAGUCAAAAUAGCCGUUCCUAAAGAACAUUCAACAGGGCCUAUUGUGAGGUUACCAAUUGGGGGAUUAAACUAUGGACUAAAUAGAUACAAUCAGGAGUAUAAUCCAAACUCUAUAGGAAGCUAUAGUAUGAGAAUGGAUGGUAGAUUUGGGCCAUUAGCAGGUGGAAGAAAUGGGUUCCCUCCUUUCAACCCUGAUUAUGGAAUUGGAUUGAAUUUUGAGCCUGGGAUGAGCCCAACAUACAGUGUAAGUUCAAAUUCCAACAAUGGCCUUAGUUAUGGAAGGGCCUUGAGCCCAUAUUAUAGUGGAAAUUCGAACAGAUUGGGCAGUCCUAUUGGGUAUGGUAGAGGUAAUAGCAGUCCUGGUUCAGCAUUUAGCUCAGUAGCUCGAAGUCUACUGGGCAAUGUCGGACUUAACUACAGCACCAACAACACUACAGAUUCAAACUCUUUCAUGAUCUCAGGAAUUGGGAACCUUGGUGGAUUUGGCAAUAGUGGCUUGAGCUGGGCUGACUCAUCCUCUCGUCUUUCGGCGAGUGGCAUAAACAGUGGAGGUUUUACUGGGAAUCCAAAUUAUGGAAGUGGACAGAAUAGUUUUGGUUUGGUCGCUGGAAGUUAUGGAAGAAACAAUGGCACAGGCCCAUUCAAUACAUCCCUUGCGACAACAGCCAAUGGUUAUGAAGGGAACUAUGCAGAUUCAUAUGGUGGAGGUUCAAAUUAUGAAGAUUCUACUUGGCUGUCAGCAUCGUCUGAUCUUGAUGGUUCUUUUCCAUUUGGUUAUGGGCUUGGAACUGCAGCUUCUGAUGUCGCAUCUAAGGGUGGUUCAACUGGUUACAUGGGUGGUUAUACUGUUUCAAAUAGGCAGAUGAAUAGAGGAGUUGCUGCCUUGUAAGGGUUUCAUUCCUUUGGUGUCAGAUCUUAUAGUAGGUGAAGAAUUAAGAAAAAAAACAGGAGCAUGACUGAAAUUGACAAAUGGUCAGUAAAUUAUUUAGAGCUAACCAAAGAGUUAGUUCCAUAAAUUCAAAUUCGGUUUCCAUUUAUAUAGGAUUUUGUCCAAGAUUUGAGAUUUGAGUUCAAUUCUACAAUUUAGGUUUAGUUUGGGACAGCUUCUUUGAUGCUUUCUAAAAUAGCUUUUUAAUACAAAAAUUUUUUGAAUUGGAAAUUUUUGUACUAAAAAACAGUUUUAUAAAGUAGCAAAAAAGUUGUACUAAACGAAGCCUUAGUGUAGACUUUCCUUUCUUUGUGCAUUUGUUGAAAUGUAAAACCAGAUUGAGGAAUGUAUUCAGAAGAUUGUUUCAUUUUAUGCAAGUUAUAAGAGUGAUAGACACUUUUUUUCCAUUAAUAAGGGAAACUUCUAUACUUCCUGGCAGGUAUCUGUUUUGCCAGUUA